AUGGCUUCAGAACAAGAUCAAGUUAGAGCCCAAGGUACCAAGCCUGGAGAGAACAUGUUGUGGGGUGGUCGCUUUACUGGUGGCCUUGACCCUCUCAUGGUUUCCUACAACGAAUCAAUCUACUACGAUCGUGUCUUCCACACUCAAGACAUUCUGGGCAGCAUUGCCUGGGCUCGUGCAAACCACAAGAAUGGUAUCUUGACUGAAGCUGAAUUCGCAGCAAUUGAGUCUGGAUUGAAGCAAGUUGAGAAAGAAUGGGUCGUAGGAACAUUCAAGAUCAUUCCUGGUGUUGAUGAGGACAUUCACACUGCGAAUGAGAGAAGAUUGGGUGAAAUCAUUGGAAAAGAGAUUGGAGGGAAAUUACAUACUGGAAGAAGUCGAAAUGAGCAGGUUGCAACAGAUAUGCGAUUGUGGCUUAGAGAUGAGCUCAAAAAGAUUGAGAGUUUCCUAGUGGAUUACUUGAAGGUUGUGGCUGCCAGAUCUGAGAAUGAGAUUGAACACAUCAUGCCAGGGUACACUCAUUUGCAACGUGCCCAACCUAUCAGAUGGAGUCACUGGAUGUUGUCGUAUGGUUUGGCUUUCUCAACUGAUCUCCAGAGAUUACGAGAAGUGAUCAAGAGAGUUAACCGAUCACCAUUGGGGUGUGGUGCCUUGGCUGGCAACCCUUUCAACAUCGAUCGAGAGGCAAUGGCCAAAGAGCUCGGAUUUGAAGGUCUUUUGUGGAAUUCCAUGUCCGCAGUUGGCGACCGCGAUUUCGUGGUUGAGACAAUGCAAUGGGGCGCUACCCUCAUGUCACAUUUGUCAAGAUGGGCCGAGGAUCUUAUUAUUUAUGGUACCGGCGAAUUUGGCUUCGUCCGUUUGGCCGAUGCCUACUCGACAGGAUCAUCUUUAAUGCCUCAGAAAAAGAACAGCGACAGUUUGGAAUUAUUGAGAGGUAAAUCCGGCAGAGCUUUUGGUCAGAUGGCAGGUUUGAUGAUGACAAUCAAGGGUCUUCCAAGUACCUACAAUAAGGAUCUUCAAGAAAGUGUGGAGCCGAUGUUAGAUCAUAUCAAGACAGUCGGGGACAGUAUUCAAAUCGCUACUGGUGUUCUUAGCACAUUAACUAUUAACCCAGAGAAGAUGAAGGCCUCUUUAGACCCAUUUAUGCUUGCCACCGAUUUAGCAGACUAUCUAGUACGAGCAGGUGUACCAUUCAGAGAGACUCACCAUAUCUCUGGACAAGUCGUCGCAUAUUCCGAGAAGACUAAGAUUCCAAUGGACCAGUUGACAUAUGAUCAAUUAAAGAGCAUUGACAGUCGUUUCAAGGAGGAUGUCUCUGAAUGCUUUGACUAUGAGAAGAGUGUAGAAGCACGCCAAGCGGCUGGCGGAACCAGCAAGUCAUGCGUUAAGGAGCAAAUCAAGGUACUGAAAAGCAUCCUUGGUUAA